AAGUCCGACCCGGACACCAGCACCUUUUUUGGUAGUGCGCCAGCAAGAACCAGAGCUCGCCUCCUUUCUUUUUUGGUUGUGUGCCAACGACCACCGUCCACCGAUGCUAAAACCCCACACAAUCUGGGCGGCUACCCUCCCUCUCUCCCUCGGCCGCCGCCUCCUCCUCCCCAAAUCCAGCCCCUCGAAUCCCUGCGGCCGCCGGCUCCCCUUCCGCCCGGUUUGCAAGCGGCGGAUGAGCGCCCAGGCGCAGCCGAGGUUCGCCCCUCUCCCCACAGCGCAAACCGAAUCUGAUGCCGGGGCAGAGGAAGGGUACCAGUUCAGGCUGGUUUCCUACAACAUACUGGCCCAGGUUUAUGUGAAGAGCGCGUUCUUCCCGCAUUCUCCGUCCGCGUCUCUCAAAUGGAAAGCUCGUUCCAAAGCCGUCCUAGCAGAACUCAAGAGUUUUCAAGCUGACCUCAUGUGCAUACAGGAGUUGGACGAAUAUGAAACCUUCUACAAGAAAAACAUGGAAAGUUCCGGGUAUUCAAGUAUUUAUGUCCAGCGAUCUGGGGACAAACGGGAUGGAUGUGGUAUAUUCUAUAAACCGAAAAGCAUGGAACUAAUGCAGAAAGAAGUAAUACAUUAUAAUGAUUUGGUGGAAACAUACCGUUCUAGUGAUAAUGUAAUUACUGCUACCUCAGAUAAUUCUCCGCCAGCAGAAGAAUCUAGUGGAAAAGAAGAUAAUAGCAAACAUGGAGAUCCAAAUGAUCCACGUGUGAGAUUGAAACGCGACUGUGUUGGUUUACUUGCUGCUUUCAAGCUUACCGAUCCUUGUGAGCAUAUCUUAAUUGUGGCGAAUACACAUAUUUAUUGGGAUCCAGCAUGGAUUGAUGUAAAGUUGGCUCAAGCAAAGUAUCUUCUUUCAAAAGUCUCUGAGUUUGAGAAUGUUAUCUCAAAUAAGUUUACCUGUAAGCCUUCUGUGAUCAUUGCUGGUGAUUUCAACUCCACCCCUGGUGAUAAGGUAUACAAUUACCUUGUAUCAGCUAACUCAGAAUCUACGGAUGAAGUUCCCCUCAAAUUGCGGAGCCUCUAUGCUGCAAACGGAGGGGAGCCAGAGUACACAAAUUACACUCCAGGUUUUACUGGAACAUUGGACUACAUAUUCUUGUUGGAUGGCAGUUCAGUAAAACCUACUAGCCUACUUUGUCUCCCACGAGGGGAUUCUGCGGAUGUGGAGGGAGGCCUGCCCAACUUUCACCAUCCUAGUGAUCAUUUGCCAAUUGGUGCAGAUUUUCAGGUUCUCAGCAGCUAGCGCCUAGCCGCCUAGGCUGGUUGCUUUUUUUCGACAGUGGGGCGAAUGGCCCCACUAUUGUUGGCCAUGAUCUGUGCAGGUCAGAGUAAAUCAUAAGGCUGCCGGGCAUGCAACAAUAUCUCACAGCCACAUUAUUUUCAUUGUUAUUUCUCUUGUAGAACAAAUUGAUAAGCGGAUAUUUUGUAGUUGUCUUUUGUGUGACUGUUGUGAUAUGAAUGGAAGCAGUUUUGGGAACAAACAUGUUUGUCGUUGU